GAGGCGGCGGCGGGGGUGCCCGGAUGGAGGCACGUCAUUGUCCCCCGCCGGGCGGCUGGGCUGUGUGCGGCGGCGGCGGCGGCGGCGGCGGCCGAAGGGGAUGGAGCGAGCGCCGAGCCGGCUCAGUGGCGAUGCUACGAGAACGCGGAUUACAUUGUUUAUAAAGAAGAAAGAGUGUAACACUUUUUUACUUGUUUUGCUAUUUUUAACCUCAAGAGUUGAACAAUGACCAUAGUUGACAAAGCUUCUGAAUCUUCAGACCCCUCAGCCUAUCAGAAUCAGCCUGGCAGUUCUGAGGCUGUCUCACCUGGAGACAUGGAUGCAGGCUCUGCCAGCUGGGGUGCUGUGUCUUCCUUAAACGAUGUCUCAAAUCACACACUUGCUUUAGGACCAGUACCUGGUGCUGUAGUUUAUUCCAAUUCAUCUGUAUCCGAUAAAUCAAAGCCAUCACCACAGAAGGAUCAAGCCCUAGGUGAUGGCAUUGCUCCUCCACAGAAAGUUCUUUUCCCAUCUGAGAAGAUUUGUCUUAAGUGGCAGCAAACCCACAGAGUCGGAGCCGGGCUCCAGAACCUGGGCAAUACCUGCUUCGCCAACGCAGCCUUGCAGUGUCUGACGUACACGCCACCCCUCGCCAACUACAUGCUCUCACACGAACACUCCAAGACCUGCCACGCAGAAGGAUUCUGCAUGAUGUGUACAAUGCAGGCGCACAUCACCCAGGCACUCAGUAAUCCUGGGGACGUUAUCAAACCCAUGUUCGUCAUUAACGAGAUGCGGCGGAUAGCCAGGCACUUCCGUUUUGGAAACCAAGAAGAUGCCCACGAAUUCCUGCAGUACACUGUCGAUGCUAUGCAGAAAGCUUGCCUGAACGGCAGCAACAAGUUAGACAGACACACCCAGGCUACCACACUCGUCUGUCAGAUAUUUGGCGGAUACUUGCGAUCAAGAGUCAAGUGUUUAAAUUGCAAAGGUGUUUCAGAUACGUUUGAUCCGUACCUUGACAUAACAUUGGAGAUAAAGGCCGCUCAGAGUGUGAACAAGGCGCUGGAGCAGUUUGUGAAGCCAGAGCAGCUGGACGGAGAGAACUCGUACAAGUGCAGCAAGUGUAAAAAGAUGGUUCCAGCUUCCAAGAGGUUCACCAUACAUAGGUCCUCCAAUGUCCUCACGCUUUCUCUGAAACGCUUUGCCAAUUUUACUGGUGGAAAAAUUGCUAAGGAUGUGAAAUACCCUGAGUACCUGGAUAUCCGACCAUACAUGUCACAGCCAAAUGGGGAGCCGAUUAUUUAUGUCCUGUACGCGGUACUGGUACACACGGGCUUUAACUGCCACGCUGGCCACUACUUCUGCUACAUCAAAGCGAGCAAUGGCCUCUGGUAUCAGAUGAAUGACUCCAUCGUCUCCACCAGUGACAUCAGAUCGGUACUCAGCCAGCAAGCAUAUGUCCUGUUCUACAUCAGGUCACAUGAUGUGAAGAACGGAGGCGAGCUCACUCACUCCCCCCACAGCCCCGGUCAGUCCUCGCCCCGGCCGGUCAUCAGUCAGCGCGUGGUCAGCAGCAAGCAGGCUGCGGCCGGGUUCAUUGGCCCGCAGCUGCCUUCGCACAUGAUCAAGAACCCACCGCACCUGAACGGGACGGGCCCACUUAAGGAGACGCCCAGCAGCUCCCUGUCAAGCCCUAACGGGAAUCCCAGCGUCAAUCGGGCCGCUCCCGUUGGUGCUCCUACUUCUGUUCCGAACUGGUCGGUCAGCAGGCCUGCUGUCCUCCCAGAGCACCCCAAGAAGCAGAAGAUCACCAUCAGUAUUCACAACAAGUUACCCGUGCGCCCAGGCCCACCUCAGCCCGGCCUCCUGAGCAGCCCCCUGGAGACCCCGGCCAAGCCCGCCCCGUCCUCCACCGUCACCAACCCCUCCGCAAUACAGUCUACCUCGAGCACUGCUGCCCCCGUGGCGUCCAGUAAGGCCCCGAAGCCGCCCGCCCCGAGCGAGCCCUGCGCCGCACCCGUGGUGAAUGGCAAGGCCAGGCUGCACGCCAGUGUCCUGGUCCCCUACGGGGCCGAGUCGUCCGAGGAGUCUGAUGAAGAGGCCAAGGGCCUCGGCAGGGAGAACGGCCUGGGGGUGGCGCAGGGCGCGGCGGGCGAUGAGGCCGCUCCGCACGAGCUGCUUCGGGAACCCACAGCGCUGAAUGGUGCUGACAGUGCAGAUGGUGACCCCACGGCACAUGGGCCCUCGCCGGACGGCACCACGGGCCAAGGGCAGCCCCCACUGCAUGCAGAAAACCCCUUUGCUAAGGCAAAUGGUUUACCUGGGAAGCUAAUGCCUGCUCCGCUGCCGCCUCUCCCGGAAGAUAAGAUCUUAGAGACCUUCAAACUCAGCAGCAAAGCAAAAGGCUCGGCAGAGGAAGCAAGCCCCGCGCAAGCAGAGGAAAGCCCACUGGGGGGCCCCUACGCGGAACUUGAGGCUGGCAGCCCCCCUCCCGCCUGCCAGCAGCUCCCCGAGGCGGCCUCUGGUCUCAGCCACCUGAAGGCAGCUCUGCUGCCCUGCGACCCCAGCGUCCCUGCCACCAAAGAAGCGUCGGAGAACGUGGCUGCCAUGCCUGCCGAGUCUCCGGCCUGCACCAGCCCUGGGGAGGCCAACAGGGCCACGUGCGAGGCCGGUCAACUCCCAUCCGUGCGUGACCCCGGGAGCACCGCGGAGGAGCAGGGCAGGGCCUCCCCGGACACGGCCAGCCCGCAGCGGUCCCCGGCCCAGGGCAGCACCAUGGGGGAGCUGAGCCCGGCCCCCUCGGCUCGCCCCGAGGCCGACGGCACCCACGAACUCUUGGUUCACAUCAGCCGGGACGUGGCCACGGCUGCCGAGGGGCCACCCGCAGCACCCACAGACAAAGCCGCGGAAGGCCCUGCGGAAGGGGGCCCGGCAGCGAGUCCCGGGCAGGCCAGUGAGGAGAGCAAGGCGGGGCACAGGGUCCCGGACCCAUCUCCAGGCAAGGAGAAGAUCAGCAGCCUCCGGAAAGUGGACCGCGGCCACUACCGGAACCGAAGAGACGCUUCUUCCAGUGGCGAGCGCGCGCGGGAAAGCCGGAGCAAAACGGAGGACCAUUACCACAAAAAGCGGCACCCGUCUGAGCGGGAGCGGGCCAAGCAGGAGUGCCACCGGCGCGAGCACUGCAGCGGGAGCCACGGCGACAGGGGCAGCCCGAGCGAGCGGCGCUCCCUGGGCAGGUACGGCCACCAGCAGGAGUGGAGCCGCCACCACCAUUCAGAGAGCGAACACGCAUGGGGCCGGGAGAAGUACUACCCCGAGCAGGUGCGGUGGGGCAAGUGCCGGCACUACCACAGCCGCUCGGCCCUGUACCUGCCACGGGAGGCGCGCGACUGGAAGGCCUUCCCCGGGGCCCGUGACCACGGCCGGCCCUAUGACUACUACAAAGGCAGGAAGGCCUAUGAGAAGGAGCGGCACCAUGCCCGCGCCGGCCCGGCCCACAGCCUCCCCCUGUACCCCGAGAAGUACUCCCAUGAGAAAAUGGCACUUGGGGCUGAAGGCGGCUGUGACCUCUCAGGCCGUUUCCGUGGACCCGAGAACUCGAAGCCACGGAAACGGAGACACGACAGCGUCGAGAACGUGGACGGGCACGGGGAAAAGCCCGCCUGGAGGAGUGCGCCCAAGGGCCCUUUGGAAGAGCCCAAGGCGAAGAAGCACAAAAAGUCAAAGAAGAAAAAGAAAUCCAAAGACAAGCACCGGACCCGAGAUUCCAGGCACCCCCCAGACUCCGACCUCUCGGGCGCUUACUCGGAUGCGGACCUCCACAGACACAAGAAGAAGAAGAAGAAAAAGAAGCGACACUCCAGGCGAUCAGAGGACUUUCCUCCGAGCUCGGGACUGCACCCCCCUCAGGCCUCUGGCCCCAAGCCCGCUCACCCCUUCCGGAGAACUGAGGGCGGGCUCCCCCCCGCUGACAGCCUGGCCCUCGAGAAAACCAAACACUUCCGGCUGGAGAGCAGGGCCGACAGGUGUCCUCUGUCCGAGUGCGGCCAGGGUGACUGAAAACUUGGCCUCAAACAAAAUUUUCACUAGUUAUGGUUCAACAUGUUCAACAGAAGCCAUCCCCAACCCAGCUUAAAUUAUAAAUAUAGAAAAUAACUUUGUUCAAAUCUGCGUGGUGCUUCUUUAGUAAAUACUGUACAGAUUUUACCAUGGAGAACUUUUUUUUUAGUUUUUACCUUUUCUUAAUUGCCCUUAUUCCAAAUGGAUGAACACUUUCUACAACUGCUGACCGUUGUAAAGUCCGUGUAUAGAAUCCCACUGAGUGACGCCCUGGACUAGGACACCUCAAUGCUGCUUAAUCACAGACUCAGGUUGAUCCCGCCAAUUCCAUGUCCUCCAAGUGAGACAGCCGGUGCCAGCCCGACCGGCAGAGCAUGGAAUGACUAAAAGUACAAACAAACUGACAGUGUGUAGAUUUAAUUUAAAGACUUAUUUAAAGAUUCACACGCUCUCAACUAGACUUUUGAGAGCAAUCUGUUUUCUGUAAUGUCUGAUACUAGCAACUAAUUUGCUUCAUAUUUUAGUUGUAUUCAAGAUUUGAAGAUGUAUUUUAUAGACAAGUUCUGUUUUUGAACUUUGUGGAACUAUUCCAAUCAAUUUACCAGUUAUGAUGAGUAUUUACAUUAUGAAUGUAUAAUCCCGACAUUCUUUGUAAAGCCUACAGUAUGUUUUUAUUACAUAACACUUUUAUACGGCGUCUCUUGUCUUGACUAUGAUAUCGGAGUCUGAGUUGUCAGUUUCUAGUUCCAGACAGAAUCAUACUGUGAUUUUAUUUUUAAUAUGAUAUGCUAUCAAACUGUGAUACACUUAUAUUCACGGGUCCUGCAUCAGGAGAUGGAGUGGGGAAAACUGUAUUUGAUACAGUUUGUAUCUGAAUAAUCUGUAUGGUUUAUACAGUUUGUGUUGUUCAGAGAUGUCUAAAGUUUGAUCUUUGUUUUUUUAAAGAUUAAAAAAGCACUUGCCCCACUGUAAAUAGACGGCAUGUAAAAUUUCUCUAGAAUAUAAAUGGCAGCAAACGCA